AUGCGCGUCGAGGAUGGAGAGAAUAGCAUACAGAAAUGGCGGACGACCAGAGGCUGGCUUCCGCGGACAUUGCACAGACCCUAUCUGUUCACCCUGGCAGGUCUGUUUACCUUCAUGUUGGCCGCCGUGGAGACGUUGCGCCAGUGGGCCAAGAGACAGGGAGGGAUCGUUCACUGGGCCUACGAGUCAGAUCUGCCGACCGCCAUAUGGGGAGCGUACACCUAUCUGCCCUUGGCCUUUGCCCUACUGGCGAUCAACCUUUUCGAUGCAUGCGCGCAGGAUGUAUUGAGGUUGGAGCCGUUUUUCCAGCUGGCCAAGGCUGAGGGAGUCUCCGCUUCGAUGCUGUUCACCAAUUAUUGCUCCAACACCUUAGCCGCAUCUUUCAUGGCCGUCAGGAAUCGAAAUUGGAUCGUACUCGCCGUUGCACCGGUCUCGCUCGCUUUUCGCAUGUUCUUGCCCUCGCUCCUGGCUGGUCUGGUGGAGCUCGAUGACGGGAUUUGGACGGAGAAUAAGGUGGUCAAUACCUGGCCAUCAAUCAUCGAUCUGGACUCGCAAAAAGUCUGGCUGACAAGCGGCUCAUCAGGCAACGGACCCCUGGGCUCACCGGAACUCAACGCAUUCUUCAUGCCGGACCCCGAGGAUUUCACCACCGCCCCGGUGUCGCUGCCUGACGACCAGAAUAACUCAUCGCUGCUGACCCUGACGCAAGAUGUAUUCUGGUCCAACCUGACUUGCUCCAGUCAUUCCGAGGGUGUGGCUUACCCGCAGGUGGUCACCGAUCUCAGCUCGGCGAGCCAUUUGCCCCACGGACAGCAGAUCUGGUCGUGGAAUAUUGAGAACGCGCUCAUGGAAAACAGCGUAAAUGGAUCGUCCAACUCUCAAUGUCAAGUGAGCGUCAUCUUAAAUACGCUCAUUGGAGCGGAUUCCAUGACCGUCCAAGCGCGAUUCUGGGAGCCUGUGGAUUCUGCAGGGAAUAUGGUGGCCCCGUCGGCGUUCACCACGAGCGGUUGCAGCAGUAGCUUCAAAGUUUUCGGGGUGAUGAUUGAUAUGGAUCUCGCAGCUGGAAACGUGUCAAGCGCCAAUUACACCAUGUUUGCGUGUUCUACAGUGUAUCAACAAGCCCUAGCCGACGUCACUCUGGAUUCAAACGCAACGGUCGCCAGCGUCAAUAUGACCCCGGCUGCGGUGAAGCCGCUCAAUUCGCAAGAUUUCCUUGUUGAAGGUGUCCAUGAUCUCAUCGCUUCACGCUAUUUGUCUACGACAACAGAUGUUCGAGUUGAGUCUAGCUCGCAAGGCAACAUCUUUGCGAAUAGUUCUGGGGCGAUCUUGGUUGCCACGGAUUCAAAUGUCCAAAAUACGACCUCGUACCAGCAGCAAAUUCGUCAGUAUUGGAAUUACGAAUUCAUUGUCACCAUUGACAGAUUCUUCAGCCCUGGUGGACCUCCCACUUCUGCUGACGCCCAGCAAAAGAGCCUUGUGGUGAUUUUGAUGGUCGCGUCCGACGCUGUGACGCUGGUGGAGGCUAUUUUGGGCAUAGGCCUCGUUGCAAUUGCAAUUCUGCUCUCAAUUUAUCCCAAUCGGCCCAAUUUUUUGCAGUGGGAUCCCGGGUCCAUAAGUGCUCAGUGCACAUUAAUUGCACGUCUCUUUACUUCGUCGUCCAAAGUCAUGUUUGCAGAGGCGAAACUGCACAUGGCAAACACCCGUCAACUCAAGCGAUGGGCCAAGGGGAAGAGUUGUGAGUGGGUUGUGGAAGAUGGUGAGGAGAGAAUUCGAGUGGUCGACUGCCCAGUGCCUCCGUCAACGAGGCCUUCUCGCUUCAUUAACAACCGGCCAGACCCGAUGCCGCAUUUUUUGCGACCUAUGAUCUUCUUGGCCGAAUGCUUCGUCAUUGCGGCAAUUCUCACCCUUUUUGGAGUGAGCUUGUCGUACAUCCGCUGGAAAUCCAUCAAUUCCUUCUUCAGCACUGGUGCCACCGUGGCCAUGGUCUUUCUCAACUUUGGCCCUACUGCGAUUGCGUCGGUCAUUGGUUCUUUCCUGCUUUCAGUAUAUCGCAAUCUGACCGCGAUGGAACCCUGGAUCCGGCUGCAGGAUGGAUUGGCCGAUGCGCGUCAAUCCAUCGUUGAGAACUACGCCAUCCAAACCCCCCUUGUGCCGUUGUUUCUACAAAGACAUCGCAAACCUGGUAUACUGCUUUUUGCAUCGAUCGUUUGUCUGGGUGAUCUUGUUCUGCGGCUUCUCAGUGGUGGAAUCUUCACGCCUCAGCUCAAGCGAUAUUCCUCGCCAACUUCAGCGCUGUCGCAUGUGUACAGGCCCGGAUUGUUGUUCAACAAUUCUUACAAAACAAACAUUGAUAUCUCUUUGGUCGCCACAAGCCGGCUUCUGAAUAAUGUGACGAUUCUUCCAUGGGCCACUGUCGACGGGAGCUUCUUCUUUACUCCAUAUUCUGUUCAUAACCCGUCAGAUGACAACUAUCCCAUCUACAUUACCACUACCCGGGGCUACGGAGUCGACCUUGACUGCGAGGAGCUGCCUCUGACUUCGGCUGCGGAUGUUCAGUCCUGGACAUACACAAUACCCGUGGGCUCAACGCAAGAGACGUGCAGUGUUGAAAUCGCACUGACGGAGCGUCAGAAACAUAGCACCAGGCAAUCGGUACACUACUACGCCCCAAAUGGAACCAAUCCGGCUUGUCAGGAAUCCAGCCUCUUUGUCUGGGCGUCAUGGGAGGCUAGGAGCUCGAAACACAAAAAUGAAUCUUCUGUGCUCGCGCUGCACUGUGAGCCACGACUUCACAUCCAAGAUUUCCGUGUCGAAUUUGACUCUGAUGGAACAAUCGAAAUUCUCCAUCCAGUGAUAGGAAGCGAGGUCACCAGCGGGGAGCUCUAUCAGAACGCUUCAGCGUUAUUGAAAAUCUUCAACCAAAUGCUUCUUGGUCCGCAUGAAAAUAUCACUUCACGAUGGGGUGGGACUGCAACAAGUCAGCAUCGCACCCACUCUUAUCAUUACAACUGGCCCGGCAGCUUGACCAGCAACUCCUACACAAACAAGUACUCCAAGGACUCCAUAUUGCGCCCGAGUCAUUUUAUUUCGACCGUGCAGGGCGUGUACAAGACUCUGUUCAGUACCCAUCUUGCCCUAUGGGGAGACCAGUACUUUGAUCGCCUGCCGUCCAGCUCUCCCCAUCCCGCGCGCGGAAACGUAGUGGACAGCUUCUGGGGUUUCAUUCCGGCCACUAGCUUGGUGGUCAUCAUCAUCUGCCUGCUGUCAAUCGACGCCGUUGCUCUGAUGACCGUGUUCACCGUUCGUUUCAAGCGCUAUCGUGGACAUCGUGUGCCUCGCACCCUUGGAUCUCUUAUCCCCUGGGUUGUGGAGAGUCGAAUGCUUGCUGACCUGGGUGCAACGUGGGAGAUGAGUGGCCGUGAGCGGGACAAGCACCUGCUCGAACAAGAUCGAAAGUACCGUGUAGGAGACUUCUCUGCCACGGGAGGGCCCCCUUGGGCUUUAGACUACGAUGAUGAUCUUCGUAGGGAUGAUCCCCCGCGAGACUCGGAAAUUGAGUUGCAAAAUCGAGGAUCUGAUGGACCCUCAAACGAACGUGAAUAA